AUGAAAAUCAACCUGUCUGUACCACAUGUUGAAAUUGUGGGAAACUAUGAGAUCCAGGGGAAGGUAUUGGUAGUACCGAUUACGGGAAAAGGGAAAGCAAAUAUCACUCUUGACGGUGUGCACGCGUCUUACACGUUCAAACACGACCUAUUCAGGAAGUCUGACGGCAAGCAGUACAUCAGAGGCAAGGAGCACACGUUAAGGGUGACUGCAGCUAAGGGUGGUGCACACUUCGAAAACCUCUUCAACGGCGACAAGAAACUAGGAGAUUCUGUCAACAAAUUCAUCAAUGAAAACUGGAGAGAUGUGAUGCAAGAAAUCCGUGCUCCCAUUGAGGAGACAAUCAUACAAGUUGUGAAGAGAAUCCUAACCAGCUUUGCCAAUGUCAUACCCUAUGAUGAAAUCCUGCUCCCAAAAUAA